AACGACGCCUUGUUCGAGUUAAUUUGAAUCUGGUAAGGAGGGAGUGGAGGUCUUCCUGCCCGUCCUCUGCACUGUGAGCUGCUAUUUCUCCCGCUGCCUCAGAACAACACAGUCGAUUUCCGUUAGGCACCGACUGUAUGGGCAGAAUAACAGUUUUUUUGACAGCACUAAGUAUAAGUAUUUCUUAUUAUCUAAGACAGUUUGCGAGUAGAUAGCUACAUAUCAACGAGCAAUUUUAUAUUCGUUUCAAGCGUUGUCUGUAGUGAGUAUGAAGCAAAGUGAGAAGUAGCAGCUAUCUUCGAGGAAAGAAAGUCAAAAUAAAGAUCAGAACCUACAGACAGUAUUAUCGUUAGUGUUAUAAAUAAUUUCAAAUUUGCCAAAUUAGCUGGUUUGAUAGCUGGCCAGCAUCAUGACUCGGAGAUCAUGUGCAAUUUACGCUACUGGGAUUCUCUGCGCCCAUCUACUGAUAGUGGGCAUCGCAUUGGUCGUGGCUCAAGUCUUCCAAACAAUGAUUUACAAUCGGCUUAAAAAGGAAUUGACCUUGACUGAGGCGAGCCGAGUAUUUGAGUCGUGGAAGAACCCACCGCCUCCAGUCUACAUGGAGUAUUACUUCUUCAACGUGACCAACCCUGAAGUGUUCUUAGCAGGGGGCAAGGCAGCUGUCACCCAGAUUGGACCUUACACUUACAGGGAAUACAGACCCAGGGAAAAUGUAACUUUCCUCGAAAAUGGAACCAAGGUUUAUGCCCUGAACCCCAAAAGCUUUGUCUUCGUCCCAGAGAAGUCCCGGGGUAAUCCAGAGGUCGACAUUCUGAGGACAGUCAACAUCCCAGCUGUGGCGGUGAUGAACGAGCUGAACUCCUACUCUUUCCUGCUGCGCACCUUCGUCUCCAUGUGGAUGAACUCCAUCGGUGUGGAAAUCUUCAUGACCCGCACCGUUCACGAGGUGCUAUGGGGCUUCAAGGACCCCCUGCUCUCCAAAAUCCACGCCAUGAAGCCAGAGGUGGACGAGAUGUUUGGACUGAUGUGGAAGAAAAAUGGAACUGACGAAGGAGAGUUUGUGUUCCUGACUGGCGAACGGGACUAUAUGGAAUAUGGCAGAAUAGACACAUGGAACGGGCUGACUGAAAUGUCGUGGUGGUCCUCUAACCAGAGCAACAUGAUAAACGGCACGGAUGGCAGUGUGUUCCACCCUCUGUUGUCCAGGAAAGAGCUGCUGUACAUCUUCGCUGCUGACCUCUGCAGGUCUAUCCACCUGGCUUAUGUUGAGGAUGUGGAAGUGAAGGGCAUCCCAGCCUACCGCUUCGCCCCUCCACGUGAUGUCCUGCAGAGUCCUAAGGAGAACCCUACCAACGCCGGCUUCUGUGUGCCAGCUGGGGACUGCCUUGGCACCGGGGUGCUUAAAGUCAGUGUUUGCCGAGAAGGUGCCCCUAUCGUGGUGUCAUUCCCUCACUUCUAUCAGGCCGAUGCCAUGUACAUUAAUGCUGUUGAAGGACUGAGCCCCAACAAGGAGGAGCAUGAGACUUACCUUGACCUUAAUCCAACCACUGGGGUUCCCAUCCGUGCCUGCAAGAGAGCCCAGCUCAAUAUAAUUUUGAACAGAGUUCCAGGCUUUCCCAAAACCAAACAUCUAAACGUUACAAUUUUCCCUAUCAUGUUUGUCAAUGAGACGGCCACUAUCGACGAUGACUCUGCUACCCAGAUGAGGACCCUGCUGCUCAUCGUGACCCUGGUGUCCAACUUCCCUCUGCUCAUCGUGGGCAUGGGCGCCAUCCUGCUCGUAGUCUUCGUCCUCCUGGUCUGCAGGUCUCGCCAGAAGAAGAAUGAAGUAAAACGUAUUGAUUUUACUGAAGCUUUUCAUUCUUUUACUACGGCAAAAGACGACACUGCCUACACUCAAGUCAGCGACAAACCAGAGGUUGAACCAUCAGAAAACAACCACACCAACCAGCCAAUGAGGAACGGCUCCUACAUCGCCAUGUCUCCUGUGGAGGCUCAGAAGUGUUGAUGGAGGCUGCAGUGUGUGGAGGGGCAGGUGGAGCAGCCUGGGCGCGAUAUUAUAACCAAGGCAGGGUUUUGCAGUGCGGACAUGGGAUUUCACUUUUGGGGACUGUCCUACUCUCCUGCUGAGCAUGGCCUUUCUUCCUGCCAUAGUGCAAAACAACAUCUCCGGUCUACUACUAAUGUCACUUGUCUUUUUUCUGUCGAGCUCACCGCUGAUUUCAUGACACAACACUAGUUAUCUCAGCCAGGACAAUAGGUUUUGUGAGUAUUUUCUGCACUUUGAAGUAGAAUAUUAGUCCGUAUUCUCAAUGAUUAACAACCACUGAGGCACCACUAUCAGCCUUCCAACAGGGCGCAAAGAGCACUGACUGACCGUAGUAUUUACCUGAACAAUGAAGAUCAGAAGGUCCUCUAACAUUUCUUUGUAACGGUGUUUCUGAGGUUACCUCCAAAACAAGCCAACAGAUUAAAACCUUUGCUCCUUAAAUAGUAUGACCAGUACUAUUCCCUCCCUCCCUCCCUGUAACUGAGUUUUCAGUGACUCAGAAUGUGGGUUUGCUAACAAAACUGUGUACUUCCUUACCAUAUCCGUUUUGUAGAAAAAAAAACUAUAGAAGGGAAAGAAGAAAAAAAAAGAAAUGAACUGAGCCAAACUAUUCAUAUUAUGUUGAGCAAUCAGUCAGGUCACAUACCCAAGUUGUCAUCAAAUAGAAUUUGUGACUGUGUGUGCAUGUCUUACACUGUAUUGUCCAGUUUUGAUUGGACUAUACGUAACUUUUUCUUGAUGCAGGCACUGUGUAGUAUGACAACCGAGAGAUUUAGCUUUUUUUUUUAAAUUCUUUUUUUUACAUUGACAUUUUUGGAAGCCUUUUUGAAGACAUGUCAAAGUCCUCAGAAGAUAAGACAUUAGUAGAUAGCUGCUUUUCCCAUUAUGUGGUGUUAGGGGAUUGUACCUAUAGCCGAAGUAGAUAUACCAUAAACCUUCAUCUAAUAUUCAAAAUGGAAGAAAAACCUGCAUUACAAGGGAGACUUGAACCUACUUUCUGCCUUACAAUUGUUCAGUGUGUUGAUUCUUCAUGUGGAUAUGGUAAAAAGCUGGAUAUCUUAGUUGUACAUGCGUAAUGGGGAAAUGUUAGGCUACCUCUGACCUAAUCCAGCAAGUAGUCAAAGGUGUGCCUAAAACACUUUUUAAUUUUAAGUGUCGACCCACGUUGUGGGUCUGCACUGAUACUUAGAAUAAGCACAAUUUGGAUUGCUAAUACAGUCCUCAUAAGGUAACAGGUCUUCACAUAGACUGUACCCUGCUAGAAGCAUAUUAUAGUACUUAUAUUUACAGUUUUGUGUUUUAACACUGCAUUGUUGGGAAAGGGCUCGUAAGUAGGCGUUUCACUGUAAUACAACACCUGUUGUAAAUGGGCUUGUAUACGAUUUGAUUUGAAGACCGAUGGGUGCCCUGUAAAGAAAACAACUAAGUUCUAGAAUAAACGGUCAGGCCCUGCACACUGCUUCUGCUGUGCAUGUUAUGUCGAACAGAGUCAACUGGCUAGCCAAGGCGCUUCAGGUAUUCAGACAAACAUGACACUUGAAUCACUAUUUGUCUUACUGUAUGUUUUGAUGUGGUGUUUUUUGUUGCUGUCGUCGGUCACUAGUCUCUGUGUCGUGUCAAGGCUUUUGGCAGUCGCUUCUGGAAAAAAAAGUACUAAGUCCAUAAUACUGUCAACUUCAAAAUGUGAUUCCUGCACUUUCCAAAAAAAGAACUUGCCCUGUGUUUUUUGGGCUUAUGUCAAAUGCAAUGGUCCUUCGGUGUAUUUCAGCGGUUUGACCCAGGGUUGUUUUUCAUUGGUUCCUGAGGUGUAAUUCUAGAUGGACACUUUGCCUUUGUUACUUGCUUUUAGGUAGAUAGAAUAUUUUUUAUUCUUUAUCUAUUAUUGCUGCAAUGAAUUACCAUAACCUAUGGGCUUGUAUUUUUCUGUGGAGAAACCAUCCAUGCUCAUAUUCUGUUUAGGGUUGUUCCAACAAACUGAGAUCAACUCUUCUGAAUUGUUAAGUCUGGUCUGUGAACUCCUUAAAUGUUUAAGAAUAUUUGAGCAUAGGAUACAAUGCCCAAAACUUGCUGUCAUUUACUGGAAUUAGCAGACAACUAUAGAUAGCAAAAUUGUAACAUCAAGUAUAAUGGUUUUUAACCCCACUUAUGUUAACUGAUGAGGACUUGACCUCACUUGUCAUUGUGGCAGACAGUGGCUGAAGAAUUGUCCAUAUUGAGAAUUUUGUUUCUGUGGGUGAUGAUGGCUUGGGUUGUUAAAACUGGAAACUAUUUCUGGAGGUCUAGAUGGAUACUCUAGUAAACAAAUGAAGGAGAGUUGUUCAAGUAUUAGUUUGUUUGGUUGUGCCAGUAAGGACGUCUGUCCGACAUGGCUUUGGGCUGUACUAUGAUAAACUGGUCCUGAUUUUUUUAAUAUAUCAUGAUUAUAUAUCAAGAACCAAUUCACAAUAGGCCUUUUCAGUUUGAAACCUACUGUACUUAUCAGGCAAUUAUUGCAUUGUGCACGCAUGGCUGUACUUGUAUAACCAUCACAGUAUAUCAUACUAUCCUUUUUUAAAACUUUAACAUAUAAGACCUUGAACCAGAGCCAUGUGUGUUGUAUGCUUAACAGUGCGCAUGCACGCACACACACACACACACACCUACCUGAGACACUAUCUGACUGACUAGUCCCAUUCACCUUUGUACCCAAUCAUUCAUGUCCAUUCGCUCCUCUGUGCGUGACCAAAGAUAACCUACAUGGAUCUGUUCUAGCUUGUGUCUACUCUCCUCCGAGAUAACGGUUGUGCCACCGCCUACCUAAUAGUAAUUGCACCAUAUACCUUUUAUACAGUGCACUAUUUUAGGCCAGGGCCCAAAGGGCUCUGGUCAAACGCAGUGCACGGUUUAGGGAAUAGGGUGCCAUUUCAGAUGCAAGCCAUCUAAAACAGUGCCAGGAUCCAAUUGCAGUGUAUUUACAACAGUGUUUUGAGUUGUCUUUUCCCAACAAGACAAGAAUUCCAUAACUAUUGUUAAUAUCAAGAGACUGGGGCGAUCUGUAUUGCUUGUUAUGCACAAAUGCUGCUCUAAUGUGCGGGAGAAAAAAAAUACGUUUUAUGUAUUGACACAACAAUAUAAUGUUAUGUAAAAAUACAUUUUAUUAAAUGUUUUUUUAAUCUGACACAAUUUAUGUAUCCAUAUGUUCAAUGUUGUCUUUGUUUUUCUGAAUUUGUAUGUUUUUUUUGUUGUUUGGUCCCGUUUUCAUUUCCUUUAAUUUUUUUCUUCUGUUUAGUAAUAUUCAACUUGGUCAUCAAGCACAUUUCAGUUGAACAUUGAAUUUUUCUGUCUCACAAAUGUUCUUAGAGAAUUCCUAGUUGGUCGUGUGUGUGUUGGAUGAUAAGCUUAUGUAGACAUUUUUGUACAGCCAAUGUACUGUUUUGUCAAACUGGAGUGAUUUUUAAUUGGAAGGCUGAUAAUGUGUAUGCAUGUGGAGGUAGAUUGCCAGAGUGCCUGGAUGGGUACAAGGGUCGUGUACAAGCAGAUUGCCUUAGUGCCUGGAUGGAUACAAGGGUCGUGUACAAGCAAUCUAACCCAUAGAUGAAUGAAGCCCUCCUUCAUGGAAAAACAACGGUAAUACCAUCCUUUUAUUUCCUUAAAUUGCUUUCAAGUAACCAAUUUAGUUACGCAGUGUGGCAACUGUAUAUAUUUUUCACAUUUCAUUUUGUGUACAUUUCUAAAGGUCUCAGUCACCAUCUAACAGACAUUUUAAUGUUACUUCUGAGUUUAAGUUUUUUGCUGCUGAAAAUGACAAUCGUCAUGUUGGGGUGAAGAACUAUUUCAAAUGUAAUAUACAUUAGUUUUGAUAAUUUACACUGCACAAAUGUUUAUACAAUGCUUUUGUAAACAUUUUUAGUGUAUUUGCCAAAAAAAAAUAAAGUAGCAAAGAAUACAGUUGAUGGCUGUGUUUUGCUUUUAACACGAUACCAACAUUACCAUGAAAUACUGUUUUAACUUUGAAUUAAGACUAGUUGUUAAGCUUUUUUUUUCUGCUCAUGGUAUUUAUUGGUGCCUUCACAUAGUAUGUUUAGAAUCUGCUUUCAGUUAUUGAGGAUUUAGGAGAGCUUUGUGCAGCUUAUCCUAAAUAUAAGAAAUGGUCACAAACUAUAGCUUUAACUUAUCAAAAUAGUACUGUUUUCCUCCUUAGUAACACCUUGCAAAACUGUUCUAGCUUUCCCAAAAAUGUUGGGUUUCCCAGUUAAAAUAUUCCUGGAAUUGGGAGCAAAUAAGCAGGAAAUCUGAUAUCCUUCAAUCAGGAUUUCUGGAAAACCAGGGAAUUUAGGGAAAGAUACCAGAAUUUUGUGGGGUUGUGACUGAGAAUAGGGUCGGCGGGCAGGCUGUGCCAUGUGUGUUACCUCUGUAGAAGUCAGCCACCACCCCCACAGGCCCUUAUAUGGAUUCUGGGAAACAAAGGAACACAGUUUCAAAACAUAAAAAACCUUGCCUUGCUUCCAGCAUAGAAUAAUGCUGUUUGUCCCUCUUCUAACAUGACCUCAGGCUCAGAAUUUCUAUAGGCCAUCCUAUUCUUCCUACAUACAUUGAAAAUGGACACUUAUGGCAUGUUUUUCCAUCUCCAUAUCCUCUACCAUAGUUGUUUUGAAAAUGGACAUACCACCAUGCUGAAUUUCAGGCAUGUUUGGGCACUGUCUGCAAUGCCUGGGUGUAAGCUUAUCUUUUUUUAGUGUUCUCAUGUCCUUUUAUUCCUGUUGAGUUUAGUCAUUCAAAUGUAGGAAUUCAAUGAACAUCAAUAUUUUUUCUUCAGAAAUCAUACAUGCAAAGCAAUAAAACAAUAUUGAUUCAUCACGAAAGGCUCAUGCAGGGCAAAUUGUGCACUUCUACCCAUGGUUGUAUCUGAAGUCUUAUGGUCCUCUUUCCUUCCUGACGGCUGAUAUGAAUGAACAUGACAGGCGAAAGAGGUGUGGCCUAUCAGUAAUAAUUAAGGAAAGGAAGUAAGAGUACUGAAACUGUCUUCUGUCUGAUUGGAUAUAUCUGCGUGAAUAAGUAGUGUAUGUGCGCCAUCUGGUGGUUACUAGUAUAAAGAGCUCAGUAUUCACAUCUUUAAAAAAAAUAUUGUUUUAAAUGUAAAUGCAUUGAGCGGCUUGCAGUGUUAAUUAUUUACUAAUACCAAUGUUUUCCUUUUGGAUAUUUGACAUUUUUAUUUGAAUGUAUUAUGAUAUUAUGAAAAAAUACUUGCAACUAUUGAUCUCCAGUGCCUGUAUUCUAUUGUACCUCUGAAGCAACAAUGAGUUUCUUUUUAAACAUACUUUUUUUUAAUGAUUUCCAGAACUUCCAUUGUUACAUUACCAAGUUUGCUAUCAUGUCAUCAAGAUUUUGUGUGACACACACACACACACACAAAUAAAAUACAGAAACACUCUA